AUGGCCGCUGAGGCGCCGCCGCGACAACAGCGAAAUGCGUUCCAGCUCGAGCUCGGGCUCAAUGCCAGCCCCGCCGCCAGCGGCGCAUACCGCUUCACACCCGUCGCAAUCCCACUCCCAUCCCCGACACCGCGAGAGCAUCUCGAGCUUACCGUCUGUGGGCACAAGUUCCAGACGAGACAAGGCUCCAGGGGCGACUCCAUCAGCAGCUCGCCUAGUGCUCACAGUGCCAGCCAAGGCGAGAGCUAUGAUCGCCAAGCACGGACACGGGAACGGAUGCAGACCAGCUCGGCGCCGGCUGCGAUGCGCUCGGCAACACCACCGCCGUAUGCACACCAUACUCUCGACCGCGCGCCCCUCGCCAACCCCAUGGUGCUCGACGACAGGCCCCGCGUCCCUCCCCCGAUUUACCUGCGAAGCUCUAGUACGCAACCCCAGUCCAAGUCUGGGUCGGUCCAGAUCCACAUGCCCGGAUGGGGCAUCGCACUAGUGUGUCCGCCGCGGCCAUUCGACUUGCACCCCCUCGAAGCGGGAAGUGCUUCUCGCGAGCCCCCCGCGGAGGACACUGUUUUGACGGGCGCUCUCGUGGUGAACAUGAAGGAGAGGCGGCGUGUGCAGGCGAUCAGCGUGGGAGUGCAGGGCGUGGCGCGGUUGCACAUGGGCCCGCAGCGGCAGUGGGAGGAGGAUGGAAUCUUUGAGCGAGGCGUUGAGGUGCUCAGCGGAGAUGCGGAGGGAAUCUGGCUCGAGAAGGGCGAGCAGUCGUUCUCGUUCUCCAUCUUGCUUCCUGCGACGCUGGCGACGUAUGACCACCACCAGUUCGGUCGUGUGUCAUAUCUCCUGACGGCGCGCAUCGAGGGCCUGCCGACGUCGAGCAAGUUUGGCAUGUUCAAGUCGCGCGAUGUGCCGAUCCAGGGCGAUGUGCCGUUCCUCGCCGACUUCCAGGUCGUCAUCGCGCGCAGUGACAAGAUCUCGGGCGGCGGUAGUCGGCGCGGGAGCGUUACCUCGCGCAACGGCGACUCGCCAACACUCUCACCGCUCAUGUCUGGCAUGGGCAUCAGCGACACGGCCAGCGUGCACAGCGCAGAGGAGGCGAUUGCAUUUGGCUCUGACGCAAACUCGACCCCUCCAUUGCGUGGGCUGUACCACAGACGCCAGAGCAGCGACAUGAACAUGUCGCCCAACGCUUCGCCGAGCGCCUUGCCCACCGGCGCGGCAUCCCCGCCCUACACCGCCAUUCCUCCGAAUGUGAGGCGGGACAGCGACACCAUUUCCUUGGCAUCGAGUAUCAGGUCGACCGACACGACGCGGAGCGAGAAGAACGGUUGGCUCGUCGGCGACAUCUCCGUCUUGCGAAAACUCAAGGUUCACGCGAACCCUUCUGGCUCGAACGGAGUGCAGCAGCUGGACCUCCGGAAGGAGGGUUACGUCGAGGGCCUGGGCCCGUGGCGCUUCCUAGCGACGAGCGAAGCUCUGUCCAUCGCGAGCGUCAUGCUGAUCCAGCUGAACAUCCCCUCGCCGUCGCCGCGCUGCACCAUCUUCUUUGUCCGCCUGAUCGUGUCGCAGAGCUAUGAGCUGAUCUCACCGCGCACGCCGAACGAGCCUCCCCACAAACCCGAGGCCGCCAAGAACAAUGUUGUCUACCAAGUCGGCCGACCCCACCGUCACGGCGAGAGCCGACUCGCGCACACGAUUCCGGCACUGUGGCGCGGCAAGGAGGCGGGUGGUACUGACCAGACUGGCCCGUCGACUGGCUGGCGUACUCGUGCCAUUGUCAGGUUGCCGACGCACGAAAAGAUACGCCCGUCGACCAACUCGGGCCACGAGCUGCUCCUCCGCGUCUUCUACAGCAUCGAGGGCGAGGCAGUCAACGGCUCCAAGCUCUCAGGCGGUCCAGGCGAGCUGACAUCAGACGAAUGCGCCGCGACAGCUCCAGAGAGCAUGGAGGACAUCGAUCCCGCCAAGACGUGUCUCUGUGCGGCGAGCUUUGCAGAGCUCAGCGCCAACUGCGUCCGCCGUCCCCAGGCUGGAGACGAGGAGGACGAGUGGAUCCGGGAUGAGCAGCAGCCGGCCCCUAUGCCGGGCAGCAAGGCCGGCAGUCCGAGCAUGAGCCCGAGUACGAGCGCAACGAGCCCCGGCACGGGGCCGAGUAUGAGUCCGAUGAGUCCGCUCAGCCCAUUGAGCCCGCCGGCGCCGCAAGGAAGCACGCGCAGGCCGAGCUAG